AUGCAGCUCCUAGACUAUUUUGUAGUGGGGUUCCUAGGCCUUCUGCAGACCUCGCAGGCUGCUAUCACUUGCGCGACCACAGCUGACUGUGCAUGGGGUGAAACGUGCGUUGCCGGCGAUUCCGACUCGGUCAUCCAAGCGUGUGUACCCUCCACGGUAUGUGGAGGUUCCUCGAUGGGCAAUUGUCCGUCAGACGAUCGUGGCAAACUUGCUUGUCUCUGGAGACCGUUCGACGACUGCAAAGACGGUUGCGCGAUCUUGGACGGGAACAAGGGCAUGUACAAAUGUGUGUCGAUUGCGCGGUGUGACGGAUACUACGGAGGAGCUGCUUGCAGUGACGCUUGCUAUGCGAAUGGUCUACAAUGCAAUGGACAGGGCUCGUGUAGUAUGGUGUCAUCGAAUCCGGACGGAACGCCCAAAUUCAGCUGCACAUGUGAGAACGGCUACAGCGGAGAGAAGUGCGAAGUGGCUUCGACAAACACGCCGCUGAUGAAUCCCUCAUCUGCCGCCGGUGACAAGCGUUUGAUUGAUGACAACUUCCAUUCGGAUGCUGGAAAGAACCUUUUGAGGGACGACGUGAUGGAACGAGUCGGUGGUGCUUCCACCGACACCGCUGACCAUUCAUCUACGAACAUAUCAUCCCGUCCUGCUGUCGAUCCGGCUGGCACUUCGUUUACUGAAACCUCAGAUGAAUUACCUUCCACGAGUAACCGGGCCUUCGAUCCGUCUGGCUCCGACAAGACUCCCUCAGCAGUACGCCCUUCAGCAGCGACCGACAUUGAGUCACUUGCCGGCUCUCCCCGAAGUGGUGUCCAUUCAGGCGUGCUUUUUCUCCUGCUAGUGAUGGCUGUCGUUUUUCUGCUGGGCACAGUAGUGUUUGUCGCGUACUCGUGCAAGAAGAAACAACAAGAACGAGCAGAGGAGGACGCGUAUGCGCUCCGAAGAGCCGGUGUUGCGAACCAGCGAGAUCGAGCUGAGAGGCACACGGAGAGUACUCAAAAAUCACACAUCGUCACCAUGUGA